AGUGAGUGCUGCGUGAACAAAUGAGUACAGACAAACCCGAAGAUUGGUCAUUUAUGGAAAUUAAGGCGCAUAACAUUAUAUACAGCGUAAUUUCCCAUGCUCAGUUUGAAUUCAUUGGUGAUUUAGAUACACCACGCGAAAUAAUGUUAAAAUUUGACCAAAUGUACGAAAAUAAAUCGACAGCUCUUCAAAUACUGUAUCGAAAUCAAAUCGAAAGCACGAAAUUGCAAAAGUAUCAAAGUGCUGAGAAUUUCUUCAACGCUUUUGAAAGGGGGUUCAAUGGUCUCAAAGUUGCGAGAGCCACAAUUAAAGAGCCACAAAAAGAAAAAAACGUGUGAAUGGUUAAAGCAGAAGAUUAAACUGGAUGCUGCGAAUAUAAGCGUAAGCACAAGCAGCGAUGGGUCAUUGGCGAGGUCCAACAUGUUCGCAGCAUCAACAUUAAACAAA